GACUUGGAGCAAGUAGCACCAAGACCAGAUGCUGCCGAGUCCUGCAGUGCACCCUCUACCCCUCAAUUGGAGGAACGAGUUGACCACGUAGUCGCAAUGCUCGACGACAUCAGCACCUUCGCUGCACCAGCGACCAUCAGCAAGCAGCUGGACACCUUGAAGACCGAGGUUCAACAACUGCACCAUCUUCCCAACAAGGAUGGCAACACCAGUGCGCAGCACUACAAGAUGUCGACAUUCCGCAUCGAAACCUUCGAUGAUUAUACGCAUCAAGACCCGGUCCCCUGGUGGGAGGGCCUUACGACGGAACUUCGGAUUCUUUUUGUCCCCGAGCACUCGUACAUCGGCACGUUGUUCCUCAACUCAAAGGGCGGAUGCCAGAUCUGGCUCAGCCACCUGGCAACCAUUCAUGGCGUCCAGGUCGUCGAUCUACAUGAGAAGAUUUCUUGGGAAGAGUUGACGAGGCUAUGGAAGAAGUGGUUCAUUGUAGACGACGCCCCGACGCUCGCCAUCAACCGCCUCUUCAGCAUGACCCAAGGCAACACAUCGACACGCGACUGGCUCACGGAAUGGCAAAAGAUCGCUGCAACGCCCAAUCUCGAGUUGCCAUUUUCGCAUUUGCGCCAGGAGUUCUACAACCGGUCAUGUGCCGCCUUGAGCCUGACACUUGGUGAUCACAAGCAAUACACGACCUUCGCCGAAAUCAUCGACAAGGCAAGGGAGAUCAUCAAGACCAACAGGGCGGCUGCACACGAGAAGUCAGCAUGGCAGCCAACCUAUGUGGAGAAAGGAAAAUUUAGUCCGCGUCCGCAGCAUGUCACUGUAGUUCAACCGGACAACAUUGUGGAAGACCCGACAGCCACCCAAAUAUCACGUAAGGGAGAUCAGGUGGCCGCUGUCCAGGCGUGAAGCAACAACAACUCCCGAGCAAAAGGGAAGGCGAAAGCCACAUCGCCGGCCGGAAACCGACAACCAGCACCAUGAG